ACCUCACUUUUUGACCUUUCAACUCUUGAACUUUUUCAAAAUCGUACGCGUGAUCACAAAGACGACUUUUAUCUGUCCCUUCAUCAUGUUUAGGUGUUUAGGCAUCCAGAAAAUAAUACAGACACACGGAAAACAGUACAACGGCGUAUUCUUAUCGAGGGAGUAUCAUGCCAAGCAUGGUGUCUUCGGAUAUCGACCCAAGAAAGCGGCGAAAGGGGAGAAAGUUAGUUAUGAGGCCAUCCAGAACAGAAUUCAGAGUGCCAACUUACUGAGGCUGGUGUCUGCCUACAGAGAUCAUGGACACAAGAGGGCCAGGAUCGACCCCCUGGGGCUUCAUGCCAUGGAGGAGAUACAGUCCCUGAACCCAGAAGUGUAUGGAUUUUCAGGUCAAGAAUCAGCAAGACUUGACCUACAAGGUAUUCUACAUGUUGGAAAGGAGUCAGCCACUAUCACUGAUGUCCUUAAGCACCUAGAAGAUAUAUACUGUGGUCCUCUGGCAGUCGAAUUCAAUCAACUGGCAACUGAAGAAGAAAGAGAGUGGUUCUCAAGGCGGUUAGAGCAGCAUCAUGGAGAGACACUUCCUGUUGACAGGAAAAAAGAACUCGCUAAAAUACUUCUAGAAUCUCAGGUGUUUGAUAACUUCAUGGCAACAAAAUUUACCACAGUGAAGCGGUAUGGAGGGGAGGGAGCUGAGUCUAUGAUGGGCUUCUUUGACCAGGUCUUCAGGCAAGCUGCUGAAGAUGGCAUCCAGGACGUUGUUCUCGGCAUGCCCCACCGGGGAAGGCUGAACCUGCUGGCAGGAAUGCUGAACUUCCCCCCAGAACUGCUCUUCAGGAAGAUGAGAGGGAUGCCGGAGUUUCCUGAUGGUGUGCAGGGAUCCGGAGAUGUGCUGUCACACCUGACUGCUUCCACUGACCUGCAGUAUGACGAUAAGUCCGUCCAUGUCACCAUGAUACCCAACCCUUCUCACUUAGAGGCCUGUAACCCAGUGGCAGCAGGUAAGACCCGAGCAGCACAGCUGCACCUGAAGGAGUGGGACUACUCCGAGGAGGAAGACGACACCCGGCAGGGAGACAAGGUGCUCUGUCUGCAGAUCCACGGAGAUGCUGCAUUCACCUCCCAGGGUGUGGUGGCAGAAACUCUGGGUCUGGCAGAUCUGCCUCACUUCCAUGUGGGAGGCACAGUACACUUCAUCGCCAACAAUCAGCUGGGUUUCACCACUGAUGCAGAAAGGGGGAGAUCAAGUCGUUACAGCAGUGACAUUGCCAAAAUGAUUGACUGUGCAGUUAUACAUGUCAACGGGGACUACCCAGAGGAAGUCAUCAAGGCAACCCAGCUGGCCAUGUCCUACAGACAGACUUUCCGUAAGGAUGUUAUAGUGGACAUGCUGUGCUUCAGAAGAUGGGGGCAUAACGAGUUGGAUGACCCAUCUUUUACUCAGCCCAUCAUGUACAAAAUCAUCAGGGGAAGGUACGACACAGGGAAGAGUGUUCCUGAUGUCUAUGCAGAUCAACUUGUGAAUGAAGGGUUACUUACAAAAGAAGAGGUUGGUAAGAUCAAUGCUGACUGCAUGGCAAAACUUGGAGAGCACUUCAGCAAGCUGGAGAGUUUCCCACCUGAGGCCAGACAUCUUCAGAAACAAUGGACAGGACUUGUUCAAGCUUCCUCUCAGAUAACUACUUGGGACACAGGUGUUGAUACCAGCCUCUUGAAGUAUGUGGGUGCCAAGUCAGUGGAGGUGCCAUCAGACCUGGUAGUCCAUCCCCAUCUACAGAAAACGCUGGUUGAUGUUCGUAAGAAGAAGAUGGAAGCAGGUACAGGCCUGGACUGGGCUACAGCAGAAGCCCUUGCUGUGGGAUCUCUGUUAUAUCAAGGAUUCAACGUCCGUAUAAGUGGGCAGGACGUUGGAAGGGGAACCUUCAGCCACCGACACUUCAUGCUGAUUGACCAGAACGAUGACAGGAUGCACAUUCCACUGAACGACAUAGUGGAGAAUCAGCCUGGAUAUCUGGAGGUGGCAAACAGCUCUCUAUCAGAAGAGGCAGUGCUUGGGUUUGAGUAUGGCAUGAGCAUCGAGAGUCCCAAGAACCUGAUUAUAUGGGAGGCACAGUUUGGAGACUUCUUUAACGGUGCUCAAGUCAUCAUUGACGCCUUUGUGGCCUCUGGAGAAACAAAAUGGUUACUACAGAGUGGGCUGACCAUCCUACUUCCUCACGGCAUGGAUGGGGCUGGACCAGAGCACUCUUCAUGUAGGAUAGAGAGGUGGCUGCAGUUGUGUGACAGUAAGGAGGAUGCAGCGGAUGGAGAUAACAUCAACAUGCAGGUGGUAAACCCCACCACACCUGCACAGUACUUCCACCUCCUCAGGAGACAGAUGGUGAGGAACUUCAGAAAGCCUUUGGUAGUUGCUGGGCCCAAGAUUCUUCUCAGACUUCCAGCUGCUACCUCCACACUGGAGGACAUGGCACCAGGUACCUUCUUCAAACCAGUGAUAGGAGAACAAGGUGCAGACCCGUCAAGAGUUACCAGAGUGGUGUUCUGUAGUGGCAAGCACUACUAUGGGCUGGCUAAAGAGAGAGAUGCCAGAGGUGCUGACAAUGUGGCAAUCAUCAGAAUAGAGGAGUUGUGCCCAUUUCCAAUGGAGGCUAUAAGGGAAGAAAUGAAGAAAUAUUCCAAAGCUACAGAGUUCAUUUGGAGUCAAGAGGAGCAUAGGAACAUGGGUGCAUGGUCAUUUGUUCAGCCAAGAUUCGACAACCUGUUAGCAUGCAAGCUGAAGUAUGUGGGCCGUGGUGUCCUGGCAACCCCAGCUGUGGGAGUGGGGGAAGUACACCAGGCUGAGGCCAAGCAGGUCAUCACUGAUGCCUUUGCAUAGCAGGAUUUCACACUUAUCAUGAUGUCUUGUCUUAUCACAUCAGAUCUUAUCACAAAAAUACAGUCCAUCCUCAUACACCUUACCAUGAUCAAGCAUUCAUUAUAAUUUAUUUAAUAUUUUAUUUUAUUUAAUUUUUAAUUAAUUCUUAAAAUAUUCAGCUCGAAGGAAGAGAUUUAAAGUUUCUGAAAAGAAAUUUUCAUUUAUGCUCACAAACCUGAUAGUGCCUUGUUUUGUUAAUUUACUGCCUUUACUGCCUCAAUAUUAGCAUAUCGAAGUUGAUGACUUCUCAUGCUAAAUUCAGCACUGUUGAUGAUAGGUUUUAUGUUUGAUAUCCUAAGUAGGGUAAAACUCAUUGAAAAUCCUAGAAUAUGUUCAUCACCUUUUCUUACUAAACAUUCAGUAGGAUAUUGGGUCCAAAUGAUUUCCAGAGAAUUUUUGUUAAGAGCAUGUUUAUUCUGUGUGUGUGUGUGCGUGUGUAUAGUUUCGUCUUGAAAUGAAUGAAAAAUGUGAAGAGAUAACUUAGCUCCCAACUCUACAAUACAAAUGAUACAAUAGUGGUAUAGUAUUUAAUAUGUAACCUUGUAUAUCUUGGGAGCUGAACUUUUUCCCUCUCAUGCUUAAUUUAAGAAUUAUUUAAGUGCAAAGCAUGUUUACAAGGCAUGUACAAGUUACAUGUUGUCAGAAUUACAAGACAAAGAUUUUAGGAAGAAAUUUUAUGCUUGUUUCUUUUAUGUAUUGGAAUUAGUGACCAUUAUCUAACUGGCAUUAUAGUAAAA